AUGCUCAACGUCCCUUCUCAGUCUUUUCCGGCCCCCAAAUCGCAGCAGCGAGUCGCUUCUGGGGGGCGUAGCAAGGUUCCUUUAAAACAGGGCAGAAGUCUUAUGGAUUGGCUUCGACUGACCAAAAGUGGAAAGGAUCUGACAGGGCUGAAGGGAAGCUUAAUUGAUGUAACUGAAGAAGAACUUAAAAAACACAACAAAAAAGAUGAUUGUUGGAUAUGCAUAAGAGUGUUCCUCACUUCGAACAAGCCUGCUGAUAAAUUAAAUAUCUUGGAGCAUGUUCAUCGUUGGGUCAAUUAUGAAUCGAUGCUGAAAGAAUGUCUUGUUGGCAGAAUGGCCGUUAAACCUACUCUUUCUAGAGAUUAUUGUCACGAGGAAAGGAAAGUCUUAAAUGGCAUGCUUCCUAAGGGCCAAGUGACAGACACACUUACCAAAGAAGGUCCUGCUUCCCCAAGCUAUGACUGGUUCCAAACAGAGUCUUUAGUCACCAUUGUCAUAUAUACUAAACAGAAGGAUAUCAGUUUAGAUUCGGUAAUAGUUGACCAUCAAGAUGAUGCCUUUAGGGCAGAAACAGUUAUCCAGGAUUAUUCAUAUCUCAUACAUCUUGGGCUAAGUCAUGAAAUUCAGGAAGAUUUUUCUGUGAAAAUUGUUGAGAAUGUGGGAAAAAUAGAGAUUGUCCUGAAGAAAAAAAAGAAUGCUUCUUGGGAAUAUCUGGGUCAUCCUCUGGAGAACCACAAUUCAUUUGUUCCAAAGAAAGAUACAGGUUUGUACUACAGAAAGUGCCAGUUAAUUUCCAAGGAAGAUGUUACCCAUGAUACAAGACUUUUCUGUUUGAUGCUGCCACCAAGCACUCAUCUCCAAGUACCAAUUGGGCAACAUAUUUACCUCAAGCUAACUAUUACAGGUACAGAAAUAGUAAAGCCAUACACACCUGUAUCUAAAUCCUUGCUCUCAGAAGUCCAGGAACCAGUUCUUUGCAACAAUAAAUGCAUCUAUUUUUUAAUCAAAAUAUAUCCUACUGGACUCUUUACACCUGAACUUGAUCAUCUUCAAAUUGGUGAUUAUGUUUCUGUAAGCAGUCCUGAGGGAAAUUUUAAAAAAUCUCAGCUCCAAGGAUUAGAAGAUCUCUUUUUAUUAGCAGCUGGAACUGGUUUCACACCAAUGGUUAAAAUACUGAAUCAUGCAUUGACUAAUAUGCCCAGUCUCAGGAAAGUGAAACUGAUGUUCUUCAAUAAAACAGAAGAUGAUAUAAUAUGGAGAAGCCAGUUGGAGAAAUUAGCAGUUAAGGAUAAGAGAUUUGAUGUAGAAUUUGUUCUCUCGGAGCCUAUUUCUGAAUGGAAAGGCAAAAAGGGAUACAUUGCACCAGCACUUCUUUCUGAAUUUUUAAUAAGAAGCUCAGACAACUCUAAACUCCUCAUAUGCCUUUGUGGACCAACACCAUUUACAGAACAAGGAAUAAGGUUGCUACAUGAUCUUAACUUUUCCAAAGCUGAGAUUCAUAGUUUUACAGCAUAA